GACGGUGCAUCAUUCACACUCUUGCUUCCGCUCUCAGCGCACUCUUCCACUUGCUGCUAUGAACACCCUGAGCAUAGCAGUGCUCUUGGCCGUCGGCCUCUCGGCCGCCGCAGUGGCCGCCGACCACACAGAUGCCUAUAUGGAGGACGCCAGGACCAGUUGCGAGCACAAAAAGGACGCCCUCUCCUGCGCCAAGCUCAGGGCACUUUCCUACCUGGACGCGGUCGCCGGUGGACAGGUUUCAUCCGCCCGAGCCUUCAACACAAUGUUCUCGCCUUUGUCUGCCAUUGGAGUUCGUCUCGUGAAAAUGCCGUCCACAGAUGAGGAAAACGCGCCCUCCGAGCUCUUCGAUGACGUCGAGCAGAGAAGCGGCGACUCUGAAAUCACCAAGAUGUGGAAGUUCGGUUUGAGGCAGGUGGAGCGUUUCGCACGCAAGUAUUCAGUCGCGGUGGCCGUGCCUGAGACCAACACCGGCGUCGUGCCCAGGAUUAUCAGCGAGGACGACGUUAACGCUAUUGAGAGCAGAGAGUCUCGCGGCAAGAAGAAGAAGCUGCAGCUGUUGCUGCCCCUUCUGAUCCUGUUCAAGUUCUUCAAGCUGAAGGUUCUGCUGAUCCCCAUCCUGCUGGGAGUGCUGGCCAUCAAGAAAAUCCUGAUCCUGGCUGCCGUCUUCCUGCCCAGCGUGAUCGGGCUUCUCAAGUUCUGCAAGCAGCAGCCCUUCCUGCAUGAAUACUCGUCGCCCGCCGCUUACGACUACGGCGUCACCAGUUACGCGGCCGGCGGCGCCUCCGGCUCCACUUACGGCAAGGACCUGUACAACCGUCGCAACUACGAGGCCCAGAAUCUGGCCUACCGGGCCCAGACCCCGACCCAGCAGUAGAUUAUUGAUUAUUUUUAAUCUUUGGCUCCGGACCGGUCGUUGUUGCACUUGACACCUCUGAGAUGCUCAAAACUAAGAAAAAUCCUUAACUGGUGCAGCAGUCGAUUUGGCGCCCUGGGGCCGAGUGUGAAAAGCCAAAUAUCCCCCAUCUUCAGAAGCUCAUUAAUUUAUUAUAUUUAUUUAAAGACAAAUGACCAAAAUAUUAGUAACAAGACGACUGAAAGCGACUUUUUAUACGAACACUCUGGAAUUUAUGACGAAUGACUACGUUUUUAACCUAACUGUGAAGUGAAGACGAAUAAAUUAUUAUUUUAUAUAAAUAA